UUACAUCAUAUAUAAAAGAAUAGGAGUAACAAAGGGCUUUGUUUGGCUAAACCAUUGUGAGCAAGAAAAGAAAAUUUGUUUUCAUAAUAAAAGGUUGAAAGUUACAUAGCUGGCUUAAGCUGUGAGCAGCAAAUGGUAAAGACAGUGUAAAGAGAACUUCGCAAAAUGUUUCAUAUUUCAGGUAUUUCACCAUUGCAACAAACCAGUUCAUUCAAGAAAUCUAAAAGUAAACCUGACAAAUGUCUUAGAACUCGAAACACUGUAUGGUUGAAGAAAAAUGGAUUAAAAGCAAGAAAAUUGACAAUAAUAGAUGUUGUUGCUCCUUCUGUGUUACAAAUAACAACAGAAGAUGCGGAAAGCACACCAGAGUCUGAACCUACUACAUGUGACAUACAGUUAAUGACAGCUGUCAAUCUUCCAUCUUAUGAUGAAAAGUUAAGAUCUGCUAUAGAUGAAUAUGAAGAGAGACUCGAUUUAAUUGUUUGGAAAAGUUUGUCUCGUAAAGAACAAAGAAGGCAAGUAACAUUUCUAUUUAAAUAUUAUUCUGCUACUACUAUAAGUAUAAGUGUUUUACAUUUGCGGUGCCUCGAUGAAUUUUUCUUCUAA